AUGUCGGUCACUCUCAACCACGCCCACCUAGGCGAACUGAAGGGCAAAGCCGUAGACAGCGCAGUGCAAUUUCUGGGUUUGAAGUAUGCAUCGCUGAAAGAUCGCUUCGCGCCAGCCCAGCUCGUGGAUAGCUACGAAGCAGGGAGUACAGAUGCUACUAAAUUUGGGCCUCCUCCAUCAUCGCCAAUUGGAGCCAUUAAUAACGAAUAUGGCUUUCUCCAGAAGUCUCUCCCACUUCCAGAAGUCCCAGCACAUUCUGAUCUCGAAGGACUCAAUCUGAACAUCACCGUUCCUACGAACACGGAUGGCGGAAUCGAUCCGAAUGCGAAAUUGCCCGUCUACGUUUUCAUACAUGGAGGCGGAUUUGCAGUCGGAAGUAGCUGGUAUACCCACUAUGACCCAGCUCCGCUUGUGAGGAUGUCCGUUGAGAAAAAAAAGCCCAUGAUAGGCAUUACAAUCAACUAUCGGCUUGGUGCUACUGGAUUUCUAACAUCGAAAGAGCUUCGAGAAGCAGGCUACCAACCAAACAACGGUCUUCGCGACCAGCGUACAGCACUGCGGUGGAUCAGGAAAUUUAUCAGCGGCUUUGGUGGUGAUCCAGAUGAAAUCACAGCAUGUGGAGAAAGUGCCGGCGGCUUAAUGCUACUCCUCUGUUCUGAAGAGCCACUAAUGAAACGAGGCCUUAGCACAGGAGGGACGAUACUUCUCAUGAAACUUAUCCCAGAUUCUAUGACCGAGGCAGCCUAUCAGCAAGUUGUCGAAGCGCUUGGUCUUGCAGACAAGUCACCAGAAGAUCAUAUCAAAGCCCUUCUUAGUGUACCGGUUGACGACUUGUGGCAAAAGGUACCCAUGAGCGCACCUAUGCAGCCCUCAAUCGACGGUGACAUCGUCCCUGGCUCACCUGACUUCCUCACUGUUUCCUCUCAAAAGGAAAGCUCAGUCUUCAAGAUGCCGGGUCGCAAGUGGUGCAAGGCUUUUAUGAUCGGGGAUUCUAAACUAGAUGGCAGUAUCUUCGCAUACUUGAUAUUUGAUGCGCAAAAGGCCGGCAUCGCGCAGAAGUUUAUCGACUCCUGUUAUACCACACUCUCAUCUAAGCCUGAAGUUGCCGAAAAGCUCCUCACUGCAUACAAUAUCACUCCUUCGACACCCGAUGACGAGGCGAUGCUAUCUAUUCUCCGGUUCUGUUCCGAGAUCUGUUUCUAUGCCCCUGCCCGUGCCUUUGCCCAAGGAUGGCCUAAUACCCCUGAAUCAAAGUUCUUCCUAUACCACUUCAAUGAAGGCAUACCGUGGGAAGGCCGCUUUCAGCAUGAAGCAGGCCAUAUUCUCGACGUGGCCUAUCUGUUUCAAAACUUCAAUGAGCAUCUUGGAGAUGCGCAGGAGAAGGUGGCGAGGGCGUACGCGGAAGACUUUAUCAAUUUUGUCAAUGGUCAGGAUCCGUGGCCACCAGUCCAAGAGGGUAAAUUGGGCGCCAGGGUUUAUGGGCCAAGUUCUGAGGGAGUCACGUCGAGGUGGGUUGCAGAUGGUGAACCGGCAAAGAUUGGGAGGGAAGAUAGAGUAUUUAAACUUGGGGAGGAGUUCGGUUUCGAUACUAUUCUCGACGUGGCCCAGAAAUUCCAUCAGGGCAAGUAA